UGGAUUGAAGAAUUUUCAUUCAAGUUAAGAUAUUCCAAUAUCGAAUCUGAUUCGUACCUUAUCUUUUACAUAAUUUGCCACAUUAGACCGAGAGUCAACUUCUGAUUCUGUCGUUUUAUUACAUAUCUGAUUUGCUUUCGGUUUCUAUGUUUGAUCGAUUUUAAUGAUCUCGUAUUGUAACACCUGGCGGAACUGUCUGAGGUUGUUGAAACUCCGGUAAUAUGGGCGAUUACACAAUUCAGAUCACUCCGAAGCUGAUCAAUCAGUUAGCUCAAGGCAACGAAAAACCGAAGAGAAAGGUAAAGAGAACCAAACCCAAAGUCUCACCACCACAAAACAAUGCAGAUCAAGCGAGAACACACCGUGAUGCAGAGAAACCGAAGCCAAUGGUAGAGUUACCGACUCAGCAGCCACCAUUCUUCUUCCCAAUUCCACAACAAACAGCAGCAAGCACAGAGCUGGAAUCGAUUAAAUCUGUUUUGAAAGAGAGUGAGAAGGUUCUUGAGACGGUGGAGAGACAAGAAAAGAACAUUGUCCAUGAGGUGACAGAGAGAGCCAAGGAUCUAAGGGAGAAAGAGUUUAAGAUCCCGGAACCGAAACCAAUGCCUUGCUCUUCGGAUCACGAAGCGUGGAAGAAAUGUUACAAGGAGAACGUCGAGAACCCCUUAAGUUGUAGCGGUCUGGUCAUGAGAUUCCAGGAAUGUGCUCGCCGGUUUGGACAGCAAAUGAGUUCUGAAGGAAAGUAGAGAUAAAAAUGUUCUUUCUUUUGUUUUGUUUUGCUUUCUGAGAUCUUAUGACUGAUCAGAAGAAAUUAACUUUUUUCCUUUUUCUUACUCUAAUAAAAAAAGAACAGAUAAACUGAAUAUGUGAUUAUAUUCAUGAGAUUUAAACUGUGUUUUUGAUUUUGUA